GUUUGUUCCUAUAUCUAAUUCUUUUGGAAAAGAUUUAUUGAAGCGCUUCACAAGUUGCUCUAAGACAACUUGGGUAUAAAUAAUCUGGGGUAGCGUGUGCACAGACUUACCUACUUACAUAAAAUAGCAUCAUCGUAUUUACUUUACUAUGUACUUUACGGCAAUUCUCCGGGUACCUGACUCAGCGCUUGCGAAGUGACAGUUUAAAAAACAUGUACUACACGUGUAUGUGUACUUCGUACCUCCCGGAGCGCGCCGAGGUAUAUACUUUCACCUUUCUUCACCUUAACUGACCAAUCAUAUACUUCAUAUAGACCCAGCCAUCAGGAACAGGUCAAGUACACGCGCUUUACACUAAAGCUAAAGCCCAGGUGAGGAAAAAAUACCCCGCGCAAUUUGUGAACUUCAUUGUGAACUUUAUUCCUUGCGAAAUAUAGAGCCUCAACGUUGGGUAUCGUUUCCCUGCUCGCCUAAGUAUUACUUCCAUUACUCCUAAAACUUCCUCCUAUGGUAUCUCGAUCAUAGAGAGAACUUGAUACCCAAUCUCUCAAGCGCAAGUUCAUUCCCUAUACCUACAAUAAAGUGCACCAUCUAUUAGUUUUCCUAUAUUCCCCCCCUCUAUAAAUCCCAUCAUGGCUGCCGACGAUAGCCCCACGAAGCAGAACUCGGGUCGGCCGCAGUUAUCUUCCAUGAGGACUAGUUCAUAUCUCAAAGAGCAUCAGCAAUACCGUCCUCCUAAGCAUCUGGAUAGUAAUUUCGGCAUAGACACCGUCGUCGAAGAUUUGCAAAGCCAUAGAAUUUCUCCUCCCAAAUCAUUCAGCCCCUUUAAUGGUGUACCCUCCAAGGAUGAACCGCCGCGUAUUGUUGAAGGCGCUAGCCACGACUUCACCCAUCCAAACUGUGCUCCGCCCAAAGGCACCAAAAUAGAUCGACUCGUCGCUACAUUGAUCUACAAGUCUACGUCCUCACGUACAGCGGUUCCUUCUCCGAGACUUGCCUCGUCCAGCUCCGACAUUCCCGCAAACCUCGCACCAACUACCAACAUUGAGGCAUUUCCUCUGGAACCUCCGGACGCUACCGAACCCGAGCCUCUCGAUCAUCUUUAUGGCUCAUACAUAUCCCCAAUAUGUAUCACAUCUUUUCUCCAUUUGAUGUCCACCUUCCCCCUACCUCAGGGUGUUAGCGAGGCUACGUCGUCUCAUCGUUGUCUUGAUGAUCGGGAGCAUCCCCUCGUCGUCGAGUUGACUUUAUCCCCGGCUCCAUGCCCCAACUAUCUCUCCUUAGCAGACCUGCGGAGGCAUGAGCUUAUCUACCGCUUCGAGAGGGAAUGGAAUGUUGAUGUCGUAUUGCAAUAUGACACAAUUUGGCGACGAUAUCCGCGUCUUGUCGUUUUCGACAUGGACAGUACUUUAAUCACGCAGGAGGUUAUUGAUCUACUCGCCGCCGCCAUUACGGAUCCUCCAGAUCUGGCCGAUAAAGUUGCCGACAUCACAAGCCGGGCCAUGAAUGGAGAGCUGGAAUUUGAUGCUGCGUUCCGAGAACGGGUUGCUCUGCUCAAGGGGCUUCCGGCCACGAUAUUCGAGCAGUUGCGUCCAGUAUUAGACGUUACCAAGGGAGUCCCCAAAUUGCUGAGAGCAUUGAAGAGAUUAGGCGUCAAGACUGCUGUGCUGUCUGGCGGCUUCAUCCAGUUAACCAGUUGGCUGGCUAACGAGCUUGGAAUUGACUAUGCAUAUGCGAAUGAGGUUGUAAUCGACGACUCUGGGCGUCUGACUGGUGAAGUCCAGGGACGCAUCGUAGGUAAAGAACGGAAACAGGAACUCCUCAUCGAGAUUGCUAAGAAGGAAGGAGUUGCACUUGAACAAGUAGUAGCAGUUGGCGAUGGUGCUAACGACUUGUUGAUGCUUGACACUGCUGGCUUGGGUGUGGCAUGGAACGCAAAGCCGAGGGUUCAGCUGGAGGCCAAUGCUCGUCUCAACAGCGAGAGCUUGGCCGAAUUGCUAUACAUAUUUGGACUUACGAGCCAAGAGGUGGAGUUGCUAACCGCGUAAGCCUAUAAGAUAGGUACGUCUACUAUAUAACUACUCUUCUACUUCGUAUACAUAUAUAGAUUUGGCCUGGCCUGGCCUGAUGCUACCUAAAAUGCCUGGAAAAUCGGAAAGAGGGCCAGGGGAUCAUCCCAUUUCAACGACUUCAUCACGGUGGGAGAGAUGACCAGAAAAUUAUCAGCACGGAUAUCUAACGGCCUUUGAACGAGACUAAGUUUAUCGUUUGUAGGAGUGAUGUAGGUUUACUAUUAUCACAUUCGUUGAUUCCUCAGUCUAGUCGUUAGAGCAUGCCGUAUGUAAAUGACCUAGACCAAGCUGGUAGUUACACAUAACAAAACAUAUAUAUCGAAUUCAACUAACAGGUAGUUAUACGUAAACAAAUAGAAUUGUGGAGUUAGCUUUUCAGCUCAACAGACGGAUUAGUGACUUUGGUAAUAAAUAAUAAUAGCCUUCCUAAUGCUUGACCUAGGUUAUGUACAGUCAAUCUAGAAAUGACACAUCCUCUUAUAGUUCUAAUAAUCGAAGAAGCGAUCCAACGUCUUCCCGAAGAACAUAUCUAGUAGCCCUCCUUACCCCAUUUGUUGUACUUUUCGUGGAGGCGCUGC